CACCGUGCCUCAUGGAUGAGUUCUUUAGUGCUACUUUUUCUGUCUUUAGCUUCAGAUGAUUCCUCGGAUGAUGAGUCGCUACAAGAGAAGAAGAAACCAGCAGCAAAAGACAAAACGGAUUCUUCUCCUCCCAAAUCUGACGCCUCAGAGGACAGGAAGUCGGCUGACGACUCCGAUAACGAGCCGCUGGUGAAAACAUCCAGACCUUCAGCCAGAUCAGCGAAGAAGAAACCAGCAGUCAGGAAGAAGAAAGCUUCAGAUGACUCCUCGGACAACGAGUUGCUAAAAGAGAAGAGGAAACCAGCAGGCAGGAAGAAGAAAG